AUAUAUUUCUGUGGGUGAAUUUACGAGUGGGAAAAGAAGGAAAAGCAAUCUGUGAAUUACUUUUCGCUAUAGGUAUAUCAAAAAUCUAUAGUUUAUAUACAUUUAUAGUUUAUAAAAAUUGUACCGUCGACAUGGUAGAAAGUAAAUCUAUAAAUUGUAACAGUUUAGAUAGAUCUACCAAAUUAUUACGAUCAGAAAAGGAAAUUAAGUUCGUACUGUCAAUUCAUCGGACGACGCCCAGCAGCGAUGUGUCGUCUUUUCAAUUGCUCGCCCGUCUGUCUUUCCCAACAGUGGAAACGAAACCAUAUAAUAUGCCGAGCAGCAAGGUCAUCGACCCUCACCACAGCUACGCGGACGAGAAAUUCGAGAAACUUCAAGAAUACUACAGCUACAUGAACGGACGCAUGAAGGAGCCACACAAUCCGACAGAACGGCGUGAGAUCCUGGAAAACGCGCAAAAGAAACUAUUCGCGUUCAUAGACAACCACAUCAAAGAUUUGAAACGAUUGCUUUUUGCCACCGACACGGCACUCAUGUCUAUGGUGCUGCUCAAGCUGAACAAGAAGAUGGACACGUCCGAGGCCAAGAUCAGGUCCACCCAGGCGAAGAUACCUUUCGGGCUUUAUACUAGUCCAGAAUUCAAAUGUCUGGGCACGUCGUACUACGUAGUGUCUGCGCACAACCAAGAAGAUGCCCAGAUGAUACUGGCCAGCGAGCGGAAACCACAUUGCUAUACAUUCCGAGGUGCAUUCGCCUUCACCGGUUUCUACCACCGCCACUCGGAGGCAACAUACGUAGGUCCACACGGCGAACAGUUCCAGGCGAAGGACCCCAGCCAAGGGCUGUAUUGCCAUUCUGAUGAUAACUGGAGCGACGCGCAGUGCAUAUACAAAAUUAACCCCCGCGAGGAGUUCCCCGAGUCGGUGGAGUACGAGCCGAAGGUGUCGUACUGGUGCGGGCCCUACCGCUACUUCAUACCCGCCACCACCGACGUGCGCUGCAUCUUCUCCAUCUUCUCUAUGAACUUCAUAUUCCGUUUCGGCUACGACGGCGUCACAUACAAGAGCUCGGAUUUGUCGUUUAUGUACCAGAACGGGCAGGUGUUCUACACGGACGAGCCGUGGGCGGGCAUGUCCUGCUGGAACUGGGCGUGCAAAUGGCGCCACAACCAGAACCAGCGCGGGAACGAGUUCGUCGUCAACUGAUUUAUUAAUAUAUGUUAUGUUAUAAUAAAUAAUAUUGUGUAUUUUUAAUUUUA